AUGGACUUUGUCAGUGAGCUCAACCACUUUACGAUGUAUCGGGAGAAGAACGAGAGCUUCAACUCUGGAUAUCUCUACAAAUACGCCCUACCAUUCGAAGGGGUUCCCCAGCACGUGGAGCUGACACUAUGGUUCCAAGACCACUGGUACCACUCGAUCACAAUUUCUGUUGUCUACUAUAUCGUCGUAAGGAUAACACAACGGUGGAUGGAGAAACGAGCCCCGUACCGGCUCGACAGCGCGUUGUUCUUUUGGAAUUGCUCUCACGCGCUGUACAGCAUCGUGGCUUUUCUGAGGAUGAGCGAGGACUUUGCUCACUCGGCUUCGCAAUCAUUCUACGAUCUCGUUUGUCGCAGCGUCGUCCCAUACGAUGUGGCCGCGUUCUGGUCGGUCACGUUUGGGAUGAGCAAGGUUGGUCGCUGGUCGAUUUUUCGUUUUAUA